AGACGCUAGAAACAGCUUUAUCAAAGACAAUAUGAUCAGCAGGAUCCCAAUCCCAUCUUAAUCAUCUAUAUAUAUAUACACCUUAUAUUGUCCUAGUUUUCAUCUUCCUCCACACAUCCUCUUCAAUCUGAUAGAUAUGACAUUACUCCCAUCUCUCCAAAUGUUCAUUCACAGCUUUCCAAUUAUGGUCUUGGUCUUGGCUUUCCUAAUGUUUUGUCAGCUUACAUGUAUGUCACAAGCGCAACUUCGAGUUGGAUUCUACUCCCAGACAUGCUCAGAAGCUGAAUCAAUUGUUCGCUCAGUCGUUCGAGAUGCCAUUCAAACUAAUCCCAGGAAUGCUCCAAUUCUGCUUAGGCUCCAUUUCCACGACUGCUUUGUUCAGGGUUGCGAUGCGUCUGUUUUGAUCGACCAUGGCUUCAACUCUGAAAGAAAUGCACCUGGACACGUAGGCCUGGAGGGUUUCGAAGUGAUAGAGAAUGCCAAAGCAAGACUGGAAAGCGUCUGCAACGGUACGGUUUCUUGCGCAGAUAUCGUGGCUUUGGCCGCCAGAGAUGCAGUAUCCUUGAUAGGCGUGCCAUUCUAUGAGGUGCCAACCGGCCGGAGAGACGGUCGAGUUUCAGAUAUAUCUUUUGCUGCCAACUUACCGGACGUGGAUGACUCAAUUCGACUUCUGAAGUCCAAGUUCAGGCAGAAGGGACUUUCACAUAAAGACUUAGUCCUUCUUAGUUCUGGUGCACACACCAUUGGGACAACUGCGUGCUUCUUUCUGCAGAAGCGAUUGUACGACUUCACCAUGGGCAAUAGCUCUGACCCAGCAAUCAACCCUCAAUUUCUACCGAAACUCAAGGCCCUGUGCCCACCUGGAAACGUCGACGACCGUAUACCUCUGGAUGCUGUGACAGAAUCCACAUUUGAUGAACAAAUCUUUCGCAACAUAAGGGAUGGGUUUGCUGUCUUGUCGUCUGAUGCUAGGCUCAAUGAUGACAAGAAUACCAGCCAAGUACUCGAGUCCUACAUCAAUAAUGGGAGUAGUACUGGCAGAUCUGUGCCAUCUUUCAAGUCAGAUUUUACUAAAGCAAUGGUGAAGAUGGGUAAUAUUGGAGUCAAGACAGGAUUGCAGGGAGAGAUUAGGCGAGUUUGCGGCAGUUUUAAUUAGUUUGAUGAGAGUAUUUUACCUCGCUUAAUAUUUCUUGGACAUGGAAUUCUGUCUGAUUCGAGUUUGCAGCAGUUUUAAAUAAUUGGAAUAGUCGGAUACUUUACAA